AUGAUGCGGAUCGUCGCUCUCUCUGCACUUGCCGUGGCAUCCGUGCUGGCACAGGACUGCUCAAGUCCAGCAGGAACUAAAGAGACAUUUGGGCAAUAUCUCCUGUGUAUGAAGCGCAGUAUCGACCAGAACUACAUGCUGUACGAGAACGAGAUCCGAGAGCACGGGAGACGAGCAGCACUGGCGUGUUUCUCGCCAAGCAUCGAUGAGGGUAAUAGAAAUGACCGCUGUGUUCUCAGUCAAAAUGAUCUCAACCAGGUGGCAUGGGAUCGUCAUGGACCUCUCAGGGACUGCACAAUUUGUAGGACUUUCGCAUCUGGCGCACUGAAGGCAUUGAAAUCGACUCCGGCAGAGGAUCAGAAGUGUAUCCGAACUGAGAUCACUAAAGGUAAUUUUCAGAGACGCCUCGCGGGCUUUACAGUAGCGAAGGCUUAA